AUGCAGAGCAUGCCAGCUGUUGGGAAGAGCAUCAUCAAUCAAAUCCUGGUAUUGGGCUUUCUUGAGUUGACGGGAGAUGUCAAGCCUGUCCACUUGUGGGACUGCUGCCAUUCAUUUUUCACAGAUGUCAUUGAGUCUUUCUCACCUGUCAAUGAUCCUUUGCCCCUGGCCACAACGCAGGUGUUGUCACACUUGCAGUUAAUGUCACACGUCUUCAUUGGAGUGUUGAUAGGCCUGCUCUACCUUAAUAUUGGCAAUGAUGCCAGUAAAGUGUUCAACAACACAGGAUUCCUAUUCUUCUCCAUGCUAUCCCUCAUGUUUGGAGCCCUUAUACUUACAGUGCUCACUUUUCCUCUGGAGAUGGCUGUAUUUUUAAGGGAACAUCUAAACUACUGGUACAGUCUGAAAGCCUACUAUCUUGCCAAGACAAUGGCUGACAUUCCAUUUCAGAUCAUCUGUCCUAUCAUGUACUGUAGUAUUGUGUACUGGAUGACUGAGCAGCCCCCUGAAGCAGGUCGCUACUUACUUUUUAUGGCCUUGUCCAUCUGCACUGCCUUAGUAGCUCAGUCCCUGGGCCUCCUUGUUGGUGCCACUUCCACCUCCCUUCAGGUACUUCCUGAAAGUAGUCUAAUAUUUAAACCAUUACAAUGUUUUUACAAUAUAUAUAGCCAGGCCCAUAAGUAUUUGGACAGUGACACAAUUUUCAUAAUGCUGCCUCUGUACACCACCACAAUGGAUUUGACAAAUAUAUUUAACAAAAAUAUUGCAUUAACCGUUUAGGAAUUACAGCCAUUUAUUACAGAGACCACCCAUUUCCUCCGUUAGUUUGUCCAAUUACUUUGGAGCCUGUGAAAAUGGAGGGACUCUGCAAAAAAUUGGCUUUCAUUUUUAACAUUUAAUGCAAUAUUUUUAAUAAACCCCUUGAAUUAAAGCUGAAAGUCUACAUUUCAAUCAAAUCUUGAUUGCUUCAUUUUAAAUCCAUUGUGCUAAUAUACUGUACAGAGGCAAAAUUACAAAAAUUGUCAGUGUUCAAAUACUUAUGGACAUGACUGUAUUCUGGGUUGCAUUUUGUGCUUUUGUGGGUUGUUGCAGGUACCUGGUUGUAUUAUAUUCAAGAGUUAUUCACCCUUGUUUUAGAAUCUAAGGUAUCAUGCUGUAUCCAGCAUUUGUGUUUUUAUGAAUCUCACUCACAGGUGGCCACAUUUGUUGGCCCUGUGACAGCUGUUCCAGUCCUUCUUUUCUCUGGGUUCUUUGUCAAUUUUGACAGCAUUCCAAAGAACUCCAUCUUCAGUGGAGUUCUUAUGUUUCUUAU